AUGAAGACAUCUGUUCCCCUUCUCACAAUUCUUUCCGCUUCCUUUGUGGCAGCGGCUCCAGCGCCUUUCGCAGGCAAUGGACCAGCAAUCGCUGCUCGCGCCCAGGAUGCGGCCAUUGCCAACCUGAACUUUGGUCGUCGCGAAGAAGAGGUUGUGCACAAGUUUGGCGAAAAGGCCCUAAAGCUCCGCGGUGUGCUCUUGGCCGCACGGGGUAGUAUGGCUAAGGAUAAUGCUAAUGCAGAAGAUGCUGCUGCUGCUGAUGGCAACGCUAAAGACCAGGCAGCACAGGAUGCUGCCGCUGCUGCAGAAGAAGAACAAGCUCAGGGAAAUGGCAAGGGAAAUGGCAAGAACAACGCCAAAGAUCAAGCCGCUCAGGAAGCCGCUGCAGCCCAAGAUAAACAAGCAGCAGAGGAUGCUCAGGCACAGCAAGACGAGGCUGCUGCUGGAGGCAUGAAGCAAGACAAGGCUGCCGACCAGGCUGCCGCUGAAGCUGAUCAGGCACAGCAAGGUGCUGCUGCUGCCGAUGACCAAAAGGCAGCGGCCGAGCAGAAGGCGGCGGCCGACCAAAAAGCAGCAGAGGAGCAAGCUGCAGCAGAUCACAAAGCUGCAGCAGAGCAAAAGGCAGCAGAGGAGCAGGCGGCAGCUGAUCACAAGGCAGCGGCCGACCAAAAGGCUGCAGCCGACCAAGCUGCAACCGAUCAAAAGGCAGCGGCCGAGAAGGAGGCUGCUCAGAUGGAGCAGGCCGCAGCAGGGCAAGCAAACAAUGCCACUAUGGGAGCCGAUCAUCAAGCUGCUGCUGACCAGAAAGCCGCUGCUGAACAAGCCGCCGCUGAACAAGAGGCGGCUCAAAUGGAGAAGCAGAAGGGUGCUGCCGCCGAUCAAGCUGCUGCUGAACAGGAAGCCGCCCAGAUGGAGAAACAGAAGGGUGCCGCUAACGAUCAAGCUGCUGCUGAUCACAAGGCUGCUGCUGACCAGAAAGCCGCUGCUGAACAAGAGGCGGCUCAAAUGGAGAAGCACAAGG